ACUUAUAUUUACCUUUUCUCAUCUUAUUAUCUUUAAGAUUCUCGAAAUAUGCGUGACAGUGUUAUUGACGAAUCUCUCUAUCCGGACUGUACAGACGAGAUUCAUGAAAUGGGUCAAGAAGAAUAUUUAUCUGAAGAUGAUGAUGAAUAUGACAAGAACAAAGAGCUUGAACUCGGUUCCGAUGAGUACAUGCAUUUACCAAAUAAAAGUCAGAUUGUUACAUAUUAUUACGAUACAUUUUGAUUGUCAAAUGGUCUAAAAAGGCCCAUAAUGUUUGUGCUUUUAUAGAUCAACUUUUGAACCUAUGUCUUAGGAUGUAACCAUUUGUUAGUCGAACAUUUACUUUGAUUUAUUAUAUAAUGUAUUUCAGAAACGGUUUUUCAAUCACUCUCUCUUAAAUAAUCUAUCAAUAUCUCAAAUAAAAAAUUGUGUAUGUCAUUUAAAUUAUUAAUAGUGCAAGUAACUUGACUGUUUCGAGAAGUAUCAUUACUUGUUAGAACCUGACUUUAAAAUAAAGUUUAUUGUAAUAUUUCAGUCGUAAAACCUGUCACAGUGAAAGCUUUGGGUGAAUUCAAAGCUCGUUUAGAUGAUGAGAUCAUGUUUAAGAAAGGAGACAAACUGACCGUUGACGAUGACAUAUUGUGUCAAGGUCAUACUUGGGUACCUGCAACACACCAAGCCUCAGGACAGACAGGUUUUAUACCAAGUAGAUUCGUCAUUAAGGAUGACAACAGUCUAAGGUCCCAAGAAUGGUGGUUUGAUUUAAACAAAGAAGAAACAGAGGAACGCCUUAUGUCGCCAUGCUACAAACCUGGAACAUUUCUGAUCAGGGAUUCAUCCGAUAAAGUAUCACUGGUGUUGUCAGUUAAGAGCUUUAUUCCAGAGACCCUUGUAGCAUAUGUUUACCAUUAUAAAAUCAAACGUUCAGAUCACGGACAAUUCUUCAUAAGUCCUACAAAUCCGUUUGCCAACAUACCAGAUCUUAUUUCCUUCUACAGAA